AUGCGUGCGACGUCGUUCUUGAUGUCUGAUGGGGAUUUGCAUCCUGAUGCUGUACCCCCAACGACCUGCAAUAGGAGAAUUACCCCAGAUUGCUUGAAGACCUUGUGCGACGUACAUCUCCCUAGUUUCGCUACUUUUUCUGUUUGCUUCCUUACGCUUCGAAUGCCGCUAACCAUACCCAACAAACUUCCAGUCGGAAAUCUCUCGACUUUGCUGGUGACCUUAACGAGUUUGUCAAUCGGGCUGAUUUGCCGACAAUUGGUUCCAGCACGGGCAGGCACCAAUUUUACUACUGUCAGCCUCAAUGGUGGUGAUGACCAGAGCAUUCCUGGCGUCCAGUACACUGUUGGGAUUUCUGCUCCCAUUCCCAAACACUUACUACAGGUGAAAACCACGCUUCUUAUCAUUUUCGAGCGAGCAAGUCUCGAUACACUCCCAUCCAGCACCAGCACCAGCCUCGAGUUUCACCAUGCGGACGAGGCACCACCGUCGAGACUUGAGAAGGUAGAACUGGAGUGA